UAGAGCUAAUGUUUCUUAUCUGCUUUGAAAGGGUUAGAGCUUUCAAGCAUUUACCGCUUACUACGUUUCCCCAAAUCUGGUUCGCCGCCACCACACUGAGCCCACCAUCGUCGGCCCUUCAUCAACCAACCUCAACUCUCAUCGAUCAGCAUCAACAAGAGCAACACUUCGUCCCUUUACUGGCUGUUGCGUUGGUUAGAUAGUUAGUUACUUAGUUAGUCGAUCAGCCCAGAAGCACUCGAAACCAUGAAGAUCAACAUCGCUUGUCCCAGCACUGGUAUGCAAAAAGUCAUCGAUAUCGAUGAUGAAAAGCGUCUCCAGAACCUCUAUGAACGCCGUAUGGCCCAAGAAAUCGACGGUAAUGUCUUGGGAGAGGAAUUCGAGGGAUACGUUCUCCGUAUUUCGGGAGGAAACGACAAGCAGGGUUUCCCCAUGCGUCAAGGUAUCUUGACCAACACCCGAGUACAGGUUCUCUGUAAGAAGGGACACAAGGCCUACCGUCCUCGUCGUGCCGGAGAACGCAAGCGCAAAUCCGUCCGUGGUUGUGUGGUGGGACACGAUAUUGCCGUCUUGAACUUGGUCGUCACCCAAGUGGGAGAAAAGGAAAUUCCCGGAUUGACCGACGACACCGUCCCCCGUCGUUUGGGUCCCAAGAGAGCCAACAACAUUCGCAAGCUCUUCAACUUGACCAAGGAUGAUGAUGUUCGUAAAUAUGUCAUUGCCCGUGCGUACACCAACAAAAAGGGUGUCAGUUGUCGCAAGGCACCCAAGAUCCAGCGUCUCGUCACUCCCCUCAUGUUGCAGCGCAAGCGUCAUCGCAAGGCCGACAAGAUGAAGUCCAUCCUCCGAAAUAAGGAAGACGCUGCUGCCUACAAGAAGGUCGUCGCCCAGCGAUUGGCCGAACAGAGAGAACUUCGUCGAAGUCUCAUCUCCAAGAGGCGAUCCUCGCGCAAGUCUGCCAAGAUGGCUGCCGAUCAAGCGGCAAAAUAAACAAAUCAAACACAAUAGUCAACAUUAUAAUGACAUGGUAGUAGACGCACAGGUACAGCAAACAAACAAAGCUAUAGGUACCAAAGCAGAGUAGUCGGAGAUGAACUGCUUUGUUUAUUGGAAUGGAUGUUUGUUGUCGUCGACAAGGAACAGCCGAUGCUCUCCCCACUACUUCCAUAAGCAACACUAGUAGGCUGACAAAGGAAAAGCCGAUGCCCUCCGCCCCUCCCACAGUUACC